AUGCCGGAUCCUCAAACUUAUACAGUCGGCUGGAUCUGCGCUAUUAUUACCGAGCUUGUGGCUGCGCAAUCCUUCCUCGACGAAGAACACGACGAUAUUCAGCCAAGUGUCACAAACGACAACAACACCUAUGUCCGGGGUAAGAUUGGAAACCACAAUGUCGUUAUUGCUAUUUUGCCUCAUGGAGAAUAUGGCACGGCCUCUGCUGCUAUCGUUGCGCGAGAUAUGCUACGCAGUUUCCCCAACGUGCGCAUUGGAUUGAUGGUCGGCAUCGGAGGUGGUGCCCCAAGUCCAAAGCAUGACAUACGAUUAGGCGAUGUUGUGGUCAGCAGCCGCAGUGGCGACAAAGGGGGCGUAUUCCAAUACGACUUUGGCAAGACCAUACAGAGCCAGGCUUUUCAAGAAACUGGCUUCCUUAACCAAUCGCCGACGGUGUUGCGGACCGCAGUUGGUGUACUCGAAGCUCGAUACGAAAUGAAUGGUCAUACUCUCGAUGAGAGCAUUGAAUCAGCUUUGAAGAAAAUCAAAAAGCGCAAAAAGUAUUCGCGCCCACCACCAGCUACCGACCGACUAUAUCAAUCCGACGUUGAGCAUCUGUCGUCGGUGGACAAUUGCAGCGAAGGAUGCGGGGAUGAUGCCACUCGCCUAGUAACCCGAGACGAACGGGAUGAGGAAGAUGACUACCCUGUUAUCCACUAUGGAUUGAUUGCCAGCGCAAAUCAGGUAAUGAAAGAUGCAAUCACUCGAGACAAGCUGGCGGCAGAAAAGGGAGUCCUCUGCUUCGAGAUGGAAGCAGCCGGCCUGAUGAACCACUUUCCAUGUGUUGUGAUCCGUGGCAUAUGCGACUACUCGGAUUCUCACAAGAACAAGGAGUGGCAGGGUUUUGCAGCCAUGGCAGCGGCUGCUUAUGCAAAGGAUCUUUUGCUUCGAGUUGCCGCUGACAAAGUCGAAGAAAUGCAGAGGGCUAUAGAUAAGCUGAACUUAGGGGCUUCGUUUGACUCUCGAGCCGAGGAAGGAAACGAGACUUGUCUACCCAACACUAGGGUCGAAUUACUUGAGAAACUAUCCGUAUGGAUUGCAGAACCAAGCUCCAAACCAAUAUUCUGGCUGAACGGUAUGGCAGGGACGGGCAAAUCAACCAUAGCUCGUACUUUGGCUCAAGCCCGAGCCGAGGCAAAAGAUCUCGGUGCUACCUUCUUUUUCAAGAGAGGAGAGACUGAUCGAACAAGCCUCAAGAGUUUUGUAGCGACUCUUGCUCGCCAGUUGGCUACAAAUGUUCCGGGACUUGAUGUACAUGUCAAGGCUGCAAUCGAUGUCGACUCAACUAUUAUUGACAAACGAGUACAAGACCAAUUUAGGAGACUCAUCAUUGAGCCACUCUCGAAAAUUUCCAACGCUCAAUCCUCACUUGUUUUUGUCAUUGAUGCUUUGGAUGAGUGUGAGCAAGAUAGCGAUGUGUCGCUGCUUAUUCGGCUUUUCUCAACCGCGCAGAGUACCAGCUCUCGGCUCCGAAUUUUUAUAACCAGCCGACCGGAACUUCCCAUUCGCCUUGGAUUCAACGACAUCAAAGGCACUUACGAGGGCCUAGUCCUCCAUGAAAUUCCCGCGCCAACGAUUGAACAUGACAUCAAAGUCUUUCUUCGACAAAAGCUGGACAGCAUAAAAAGAAAAUCUGACCAUUUUCCAGAAGGACCAAAACUACCACAAGACUGGCCUGGCGAAGCUACUAUACAGAACCUUGUUAUGAUGGCCAUUCCUUUGUUCAUUUUUGCAUCAACUAUUUGCCGACUGAUCGGUGACUAUAGACUGGGCAACCCACAGAGUUUACUGGAUGAAGUUCUCAGCCAAGAAAACAGGGAUGGUUCCUCCCAGCUUCAUAUGACUUAUUAUCCAGCUCUGAAACAGCAAUUUGCUAGCUUGCCAGAUCAUCAAACCGAUAAGCGUAAGAAAGUCGUCACGAGUUUUCGACUAAUCGUGGGCACAAUUGUAACCCUUUUCCAACCUUUGUCUACGGCUUCAAUAUCUCGACUCCUCGAUAUUUCUGAGGACGCAGUGGCUGAUAGACUGAGAUUGCUCCACUCGGUCUUGAAUAUUCCAACGGAUCGCGAACGCCCUAUACGACUACUGCAUCUAUCAUUUCGAGAUUAUCUCAUCAAUCCUCAAACUAUGAAGGAGAAGGACUUCUGGAUAGAUGAAAGGCUGGUGCACCAGAAUCUAGCAAGUCAUUGCCUACGUAUUAUGAGCCUUCAUCUACGAGAGGAUGUAUGCGGCCUACAGCAUCCAGGCUCACGCCGAUCCGAUGUCACGAUUGAACAAAUCAGAAUAAAUGUUCCGAUAGAACUUGAGUAUGCUUGUCUCUACUGGAUACAGCAUGUAGCAGCAGAGAACCUUGAGUCAGAUACUACUGAGGAGAUUCAUGGCUUUCUGCAGCAAUAUUUUCUGCAUUGGACCGAGGUGAUAACCCUCGUUGGAAGGCUUACAGAGGGGGUUCCUUUGCUCACAAAACUACGAGACUGUGUACAGAGAGCAAAGGAGCACCUCAACCAACCUUUGACCGAUUUUAUUACGGAUGCAAUACGUUUCCUGCGUUUGAAUUUUUCCGUUAUCAAUGAAUCACCGUUGCAAAUAUAUUCCUCUGCAUUGCUUUACGCACCUGGAAAAAGUCACGUUAGAGUGCAAAAUGCUGAUAAGAUACCAAAAUGGAUUUCCCUUAGGCCUAUAGUAGGAGACAACUGGGAUCCAUGUCUUUUGGUAUUAGAGGGCCAUAGCGAUCGAGUCAAUUCAGCUGUUUUCUCACACGACUCUAAACUAGUGGUAUCAGAUUCAGAUGAUGAAACAGUCCGCAUCUGGAGCACCGAAACAGGAGAAUGCAGGCACAUCUUAGAUGGUCAUAGCAGUUCAGCCAAGUCAGCGGUCUUCUCACACAACUCUGAGCUAGUAGCAUCAACCUUAUCUGAUAAUACAGCUCGUAUCUGGAGCACCGAAACGGGCGAAUGCAGGCAAAUCUUAAAAGGUCAUAGCGACUCAGUCACAAUCGUGACGUUCUCACACAACUCUGAGCUAGUGGCAACAACUUCAUAUGAUAAAACAGUUCGGAUCUGGAGCACCGAAACAGGUGAAUGCAAGCAAGUCUUAAAGGGUCAUGGCGACAUAGUCAACUCCGUGAUGUUUUCACACGACUCUGAGCUAGUGGCAAUAACCUCAGAUAAUAAAACAGUCCAGAUCUGGAACACCCGCACUGGAGAAGACAAACUGGUUCGGAAGGGGCAAGGCAAUCCCCCCAAGUCAGCAGCGCUCUCUCUAAACUUUAGCCUAGUGGCAUUAGCCUAUGAAGAUAACACAGUCCAGAUCUGGAGCACUAAUACAGACGAGUGCAAGCAUAUUCUAGAGGGUCAUGAUAGCCAGGUCAGGUUAAUGAAGUUCUCGAAUGACUCCAAGCUAGUGGCCUUGGCUGGGGACGGAACUGUUGGACUCCGGAUUUGGAAUCUCAGCACAGGCGAAUGCAAAGCUUUGGAGAAAAUUUGGGUCGACUCAAUGGCAUUUUCACAUGACUCCAAGCUAGUAACAGUAGCCUCGAGCGAGAACAACAUCCAGAUCUGGAGCACUUAUACAGGCGAGUGUAAGCAAACUCUGGAUGGCCAUAAUCGUCGGGUCGAGUCAGUCAUGUUUUCUCAUAACUCUAAGCUUCUGGCGUCAGCCUCCAACGACGGCACAGUCAGGAUUUGGGACGUCACUUCAAGCAACCGCAGAGUUCCAGAAAUUCACAGCAAUAGAGUUUGGUCAGUGGCAUUGUCUCCUGAUUCCAAGCUAGGGGCAUCGGGCUCAGAGGAUCAUACAAUCCGGAUCUGGUGCACUGAAACAGGCGAGUGCAGGGUUCUAAAAGGCCAUAGCGAUUAUGUCAUAUCUGUGACAUUCUCGCAUGAUUCAAAGCUUUUAUUAUCAUUCUCACAUGAUCAUACAAUCCGGAUCUGGUGCAUUGAAACAGGCGAGUGCAGGGUUCUAGAAGGCCAUAGUGAUAAUAUCUAUUCUGUGGAAUUCUCGCCUGAUUCAAAGCUUGUAGCAUCAGGCUCACAGGAUACAACAGUCCGGAUCUGGAAUACUGAUACAGGCGAUUGCAUUAUACUAGAAGGCCAUAGCGGUGCUGUACGUUCUGUGAUGUUCUCACAUGACUCCAUGCUCGUGGCAUCGGGCUCAUUCGAUAAAACGGUCCGGAUCUGGUGCACUAAAACAGGAGAGUGCAUUUUUCUCAAAGAGCAUAGCUCUGAGGUCUAUGUGGUGGCAUUCUCACAUAGGUCUAAGCUAGUGGCAUCGGUUUCGCUUGAUGAUACAGUCUGGAUCUGGAGCGUCGACACGGGCGAGUGCAUACAAGUGAUCCAAGUACCAUAUCGUGCUGGAAAGCUAUGCUUCAACGCCACUGACACAUCCAUUUCCACAGAUGCCGGAACUGUACCCUUGAACCUCCAACCCAGUGCUAUAUCAUCUAAUCCACCUUCUAUGAGAGACUCAUCCGCAAUAACAGAUCUCUCUAUCGAUGAAGAGAUGGCUUGGGUUAGUUGGCGCCAAAAGAAGAUCUUGUGGCUUCCAACAGACUGCCGUGGAGGGGAAGCAGCUGUCCGCGGAUCAAUAAUCAUUUUAGGAUGCCGGUCAGGGAGAGUGCUUCUGAUACGCUUUUGUAUAGAGGAGCUUGAGGCUUUGGCUGCGCAAAAGAGUACUGAAUACGUAGCAACAGCACUCAUCCUGACAGAACCAGCCGUUUUAAAACGAUCCGUCUUUUACGCUACAAGGGGCUAG